AUGGAAGAAAGCAGUCCUCCAUUAGAAAUCCCCGCACUUCUCUGCAGCAAACUUGGAAUUCACCUUCACUUCCUUCCUCCUUGCUCUGCCGAUCAGUCAUCUCAGAUGCACAUCCCAUGGUCAUUCUGCACACCUAAGUGCUCCUCAGUACUUAACCAUGCAGUAUUGGGUCCUUACAUCAAAGAUACCUUAAUGGUCAACAUCAGGAACACUAGUGAAGAAUUCCUAAGAUUGCAGCUAAACACCCCAGCCUGGAGGACUAACAGCACAGCAAUGAAUGAAAGUGAUUACAAUCAACAUUUAUAUUGUUCUACAAAGUUCUAUACCAUGAAUAUUCUUGCAGUCAUCAUUGCCCUGAUUGGUAUGGCAGGAAAUGUCAUAGUGCUGUGGCUUCUGGGCUUCCACAUGAAAAGAAAUGCCUUCUCGGUCUACAUCUUCAACCUGGCUGGGGCUGACUUCCUCUUCCUCUUCUUUCAGACUCUAUAUUGCCUGAAGGAAAUACUUCAUUAUGUCCAUACAUUACUUUCUUACUUGUCCACCUAUUUGGUUUUGGUGUUAAAUUUUGCUUAUUUUGCAAGUCUGAGCAUGCUCAGUGCCAUUAGCACUGAGCGCUGCCUGUCUGCCCUGUGGCCCAUAUGGUACCGCUGUCAAAGACCAAGGCAUACAUCAGCUGUCAUGUGUGCCCUGCUCUGGGCCUUGUCCCUGAUAUUGAGCUUCAUGGAAGGGAGUGCAUGUGGCUCCUUCUUUAAUGGUUUUAUGGCUGGUUGGUGUAAAAGACUAGGUUUCAUCACUCUUGCUUGGCUAAUUGUUUUAUUUGUGGUUCUGUCAGGAUCCAGCCUGGCCCUGAUUCUCAGAGUCUUCUGUGGCUCACAGAGGAUUCCUGUGACCAGGUUGUAUGUGACCAUUGCCUUCACAAUGCUGGUUUUCCUGCUCUUUGGCUUGCCUUACGGGAUCAACUGGUUUUUCUUAUUUUGGUUUGGGGGUGAUUAUCCAUCUUUCCUUUGCUAUGUUUAUCAAAUGUCAAUAUUGCUAUCCUGUGUCAACAGCUGUGCCAACCCCAUCAUUUACUUUUUUGUUGGCUCAAUUAGGCAUCACCAAUUCCAGAGGCAGACUCUGAAGAUUCUUCUGCAGAGUGCCAUGCAGGACACUCCUGAGGAUGAAGGUGGAGAGGGGAAGUCUACUAGACAGGAAACAGUCUACUGCUACAGCUGA